CCCCCCCCCCCUCCAGUCGCGGCGGUGGGAAGCCGCUGCCUGGCGGACGCGUGCGAGAUCGACAUCGAGACGGGCCCCCACUUCGGCGGGAGGAUCGGGGUGGAGUCGUCCGACUGCGGGGUCCGGGGGGAACCGGCCUCGAGCAGGGCGAUCUACACGCUCCGGAUCGAGCACGGGGAGUGCGGGAGCAGGGUCCGGGACGAGGCCGUCACGUCCUUCGUGCUCGUGCAGGAGACGCUGCCCAUACUGACGCAUUCCACGAAGAGGUUCAUGGUCGUCUGCAACUACAGCAUGCCGGAUUCUUUCGUCGUCAAGGCGGCGGUGGAGAUGCCGCAGAGGGGACCCGUGGGGCGCGGGACUCCUCAGGUGAUUCGCAUCGACGACCCGGACGAGCUGGGCUUCGCGGGCUCCACCGCGAUCGACCACGGGAGCAACAAUAACGUCAUCGAUUCGCGGCUCAGCGUCGCCUCGGAUUCCUGGAUCUCGUCCGGACUCAAGCAGAACGAAAACCCGAAAGGUGAGCGAGAUCCGUCCCGGCUCGACGCGGAACGACGACCUCCC